UGCCUCUUGUCACCAUUUAUCAUAAUAACUUUUAAUUCAAAUAUUAUUCUGUACAAGGGUCCGAAAUAUAUAAACUUCAAUAAAUAUAAAUAAGGGAUUGCUGUAAAAAUUCAACUGAAACCCGUUAAUUUUUUACUUUUUUUUCUCUUGACUGAAAACACCGUCCGCCAUGUUUCUACGUCACCAAUAUUGUAAACAACAAAAUGUCAAACACCAGUUUCAGGUUAUUCGUGGUCUUUCAUAUAAACGCCUUGUUUUCACAUAAAAAUAUUGUACAGUUCGCAUUUAUUGAAAAUUAUCAUGGAUCCUGAGUUUGUGAAAGCAGAAAGCACAAAUCUGCUCAAAAUCGACACAUUGAUGGUAACAAAAUUGUUUGCUUUAAAUCCUGAUUUCUGCUCAGCUAAGCUAAGGAAUGUUAAGUUAAUUAAGUCUGCUGGAGAAUCAAAUGGUGAUGAUGCAAUUGGUUAUGUUCAACUUAAAAGGAACAGGUUCAACUUGAAAUGUAAAAUGUGUCCUGAACAUAAGGUGCACUCUAAGCAGUAUCAGUUUCAGCAGUCAUUGAUGAAGAAGAAGAGAUUAUGUUGUUUGUCAAGAUUGUCCAGCUGCAGCAGGGGGCUGCAAACAUGCUGUUGCAUUUUUAAUGUAGUUGCAUCGUCGCAGUGAAGAGCCAUCUUGCACAUCAGUAGAAUGCUACUGAAAAAAAUCCAAUCUUUCAAAAGUCGGCAGCACAAAACAUUACCAGUGUUAUGGAGGAAUUUGUAAUUGAAUGCAAAAACCGAAAAAUUAAAACAUGUCAGUUUAUCAAGCAUGUUGGAGAUUAUGAAGAGGUAAAAAGUUAGUCGGUGCAGAACGCAUGAUGGUUCUUUGGUUGCAAAGAUUUUUGGUGCAAGGUCUGUGUUGACGGCUGCAAUGAAACGAGGCCAAAAGCCGAUUUGUCCUAAACUAUUUGAAAGUGUAACUCAAUAAUAAAUCAUUUAACUCUUAGUAUUAGCAUUAUUAUUUUUACCUAUUUGUAAGUCUAGUAUUAAGACAAAAAUACUCAUUAACUUGUUCUGUUCAAAAACACAUUUAAUUCACAUUGCCUAAGCUCUGAAUAGUAAGAUAUUAACAAUUUUUUUUUCUUUUCUAUCAAUCUGUUUCCAUAUCUAAUGUUUACCUAAUAGUAUAAAUUAUUAUAAAGAAAGAUGUUUUUAUGUG